UCUCAGUAACGCGCGUACACGCGUUAGUUGCAUACACAAACGAGUGUUAGUGUGAAUCCCCUGUAAGGGGGAGAAAAGGACGACAUGGACGACCAUGGUUUGGGGUUCCUGGUCGUUGUGAUAGGGAUACUGGGUAGUGUUAGCGGGCAAUUUCUUAGUAAUUUUCCAGCAGAAAAUAGGACGGGUCUCUACGGAAGGCCCGAUGAUGUUAGUAGGAGUAGAUUUAGCAACAAUUACAAUAAUAAUAAUCCAGAUAAUUAUGAUGAAAACGAUUUAGAUUCAAGAUACGAUGGAGAAGACAACUAUGAUGACAGGGGUGACCAAAAUGGUAACGAGGAUGACGACGAAGAUCCCUAUGCUGUAUCGAUAAACGAGGUUGAAACCAAUCCAAACUCUAUCUCAGGAUCAGCACGAAUUGACGCCCGUUACAACUAUGGACCCACUGGUUCAUCAACUCCACGCAGUGAUCCAUAUUCUACCUCAAUUCCUCCAGAUGGUCGUACAGAUUCAUACGGUACUCGUAGAUACGAUCCACGACAAGACCCUCGUUAUGACCCAAGAUAUUAUUCGCGCAAUCAAGCGGGAGGAACAUAUAGAACUGGCUCAGCCGGUUCCAACUCAGAAUCACAACCAGAAACAGCAGUAUAUGGUUCAACUUCUGUAUCAGGAACGAAUUAUGGAGGAGCUAAUACAGAUUCUCAAUCAGGAUCUGCACAGUCAGGAUCUGGUGGUUCCACCUACCAAUCAGGAUCUUACGGUUCUAACUCACAAGCAGGAUCACAAGGUUCAGGUGUUCAAUCAGGGGGAUAUGGUUCUUCUAAUUCCCAAGCAGCUUCACAAGGCUCUGGCGUUCAAUCAGGGGGAUAUGGUUCAAGUUCUCAAUCAGGAGGAUAUGGUUCAAGUUCUCAAUCAGGAGGAUAUGGCUCAAGAUCUCAAUCAGGGGGAUACGGAUCAAAUUCGCAAUCUGGAACAUAUGGAGCAGGUUCUCAAGGCGAAUCUGGAUCUUCGCAAUACAACGAAACUAGAAAUUCUUGGCAAUCUUCCUCAAAUGCUAGAGCAGGUGGAAGAUAUGAUAGCAGUCCUUACGCUAGCAGGAGACCUUAUUCUAGUAGUUAUGAUAUUUUUGAUUCUCCUGCUGCUAGAGCCGGUAACGAUAAGUGCAUUCCAAAGUGUUUUGCAGAGAAAGGUAAUAGAGGUUUUCCGGGAGUACCUGGUCUACCAGGUGAGAAAGGUCAGAGAGGUUUUCCUGGAGGAGAAGGUAUAGCUGGAGAUAAAGGUGACAAGGGUGAAGCGGGUCCGUACGGCCCUCGAGGACCAAAGGGUGAACGUGGUAAAACAGGAGUACCAGGAUUUCCGGGACUUAAUGGAAUUCCUGGAUUACAGGGACCACCUGGAGCACCUGGAAUUCCCGGUAUGGAUGGAUGUAAUGGAACUGAUGGUCUUCCUGGUGUUGAUGGCUUUCCUGGUGAAGCUGGACCGCGUGGUUUUCCAGGUCCUAUGGGUAUCAGAGGUGAAAAGGGGGAUGCAGCUCACUGUGAAAUUACAUUGAAAGGACAGAAAGGAGAACCAGGUCGAGAUGGAGUCAGAGGUCCUAGUGGUAAUCCUGGACCCGCUGGUGGACCUGGGUUGCCAGGCCCUCAGGGUGAAACCGGAUUAGUUGGUCCUCUUGGUCCCCCAGGGCCAAAAGGUGACAAAGGUGCCCCAGGUCUAGGGUUUUUCGGUCAUAAAGGUGACAAAGGAAAUUUCGGACCUCCAGGACAAAAAGGAGAACCAGCGGAUGGACAUCAAGAACAAAAUACGACAUCUUCUGUAGGUUCCAAAGGAGAAAAAGGUUAUAAAGGAGAUCGUGGCGACUACGGUUUUCCAGGACAGAAAGGAGAACCAGGCCCAGAAGGAGAUUAUGGUUUAGCUGGUACUGUUGGUAUGAAAGGAGAAAAAGGUUUAUCGGGCUCACCUGGACCUAGAGGAAGAGAUGGUUAUGCUGGACCGCCAGGUCCUCCAGGACAAAAAGGAGAUAGAGGAUUAGCAGGUAUACCAGGAUUAUCAGGAAAACCAGGAUUGAAAGGAGAACCCGGCAGAGACGGACCACCUGGUCAUAUCGGUUUAACAGGACCGCCGGGUCCACCUGGCGGAGGAAAAGGAUUCCCUGGGAGACCGGGCCCUCAAGGACCUCGAGGUUAUCCUGGUCCUGUGGGUCCAAAAGGUAUGGACGGUUUUCCUGGAGAACCUGGCCCACGAGGUCCUCAAGGACCCGUAGGAGGUCCAGGUCAACCAGGUACGCCGGGUCCAGAAGGAGCCGCUGGCGAGAAAGGAGAAGCAGGAGAACCGGGAUCUAUUGGUUUUCCUGGUCAUGACGGACCAACAGGAUAUCCGGGUCCUAUUGGACCACAAGGACAACGAGGACCAACAGGAGAAAAAGGGGCAACAAUUAUCGGACCAAAAGGAGAAGAUGGAGAACCAGGCCGAGACGGCCAAAAAGGUCAAAAGGGAGAAAAAGGUUUCGGUGGACCACGGGGUAUCCCUGGAGAUUCUCUUAGUGGAAUACCAGGUAUGACAGGACCUCCAGGACCCCUAGGAGAGAAAGGAAAUCCAGGACGCCCUGGAAUUCCCGGAACUCCCGGUACACCCGGAUACAAGGGAGAUAGAGGAGGCCAAUGUAUUGAUUGCUUGCCUGGAUUGAAGGGAGACAAGGGGGAUAGAGGUUUAGAUGGAAGAGAUGGGCCAGUUGGACCGAGAGGUCCACCAGGACCACCAGGUUAUCAAGGAUUAGCCGGUCAUGAUGGACUUCCCGGUAGAGAUGGCCCUCCUGGUAAACCAGGUGUGCCUGGCAAAGAUGGUAUCCCAGGAUUGCAGGGACAACCAGGAUUAAAUGCACAAGUACCUGGUGAUUUAGUGAAAGCUGAAAAAGGAGACAAAGGUUUUAGAGGCAGAGAUGGUCCACAAGGCCCACAAGGUCUUCCAGGUCGUCCUGGUUCAAAGGGAGAUCAAGGAUUUAUGGGACGUGCUGGAGAAAAAGGAGAAAGGGGUUACGUUGGAUUCCCUGGACUAGACGGUAAAAACGGAGAACCUGGAAUACCUGGAAAUAAAGGUCAACUAGGCGAAAGCGUCAAAGGAGAACAAGGUUAUCCUGGAUUGAAGGGUGACAAAGGAGAAGCAGGUAUAUCAGGAGAACGUGGCCCUUCAGGUGAACCUGGAAGAUGCCCAGAAAAUUUGGUAGACAGAAUGAAAGGUAACAAGGGUAUAAUGGGACAGAAAGGAGACAGAGGGUAUAAUGGACGAGAUGGUGGAAGAGGAGAUAAGGGAGAUCAGGGAAAUCCUGGUCCCAUGGGACCAGAGGGACAAACAGGUCCACCCGGGCCAGUUGGUCGUAGAGGUUUACCAGGUCCUCGUGGUGACAAAGGAGAACGUGGUCCAUUAGGUUUCCCGGGUGAGCCCGGUAGGGAUGGUACAUCUGGAUUACCUGGUUUAUCCGGUGGCAAAGGAACUAAGGGAGAAGCUGGUAUACCAUCAGUCGGUCCUCCUGGCCCCCCUGGACCUAUGGGACCAAUCGGAGAAAAGGGAUUACCAGGUUUUCCUGGUAAACCAGGUCCUCCAGGUAAUGAUGGAUUCACUGGUUUGAUGGGAGAAAAAGGAGACAUUGGAUUCCCAGGACAAAAUGGUUUAACAGGACCGCCAGGAGAAAAAGGAGACGCUGGCCCACUUGGUCCACCAGGUUUAGACGGAGCACCAGGCAGACCAGGACCAAUGGGACCUAAAGGAGAGUGGGGAUUGAGAGGAGAACAAGGAAGACCGGGAUUAGCAGGAUUCCCUGGUAUGAAAGGAGAAGGCGGAAUUCCAGGAGCACCAGGACCUAAAGGUUUUAAGGGAUUGAUUGGAAGGCCGGGAUCACCCGGAGCCCCAGGAAUGGAUGGUAUGCCGGGACGAAUCGGCGAAAAAGGAGAUCGAGGCUAUCCCGGUCCUUUGGGUCCCCAAGGUCUUAUUGGAAUGCCAGGGGAAGCGGGAUUACCAGGUGAAAAAGGAGACCUCGGACCAUUUGGUCCUCCAGGACUUCCCGGACCCCCAGGUCCUCAUGGUAUAAAGGGAGUAGAAGGCCGUCCUGGAAAUCUAGGAAGAAAAGGAGAACCGGGUACAGCAUCUGAAAAAGGACAAAAAGGAGAACACGGUAUACCUGGAUUGAGAGGAGCUGAAGGACUACCUGGACAGCAAGGUUACAUUGGUCAAAAAGGAGACGCUGGGCUACCAGGAAUAACAAUACCUGGGGCGCCUGGAGAGAAAGGCACACCCGGUCCAUCCGGUAUAGAUGGGUUACCAGGAAUUCAAGGAAUUAAAGGCGACAGAGGACAACCCGGUUUCCCUGGAGUAAAAGGAGAUAGAGGUUACCCUGGAGAUAGAGGUCCACCAGGAAUGGAUGGAUUACCAGGACAACCAGGAGAAAAGGGUGACCGAGGUUUUACUGGAGCUGCGGGCUUCGCAGGCGAAAAAGGAGAUAAAGGUUUUGCUGGUAUCGACGGAUACGAAGGACAAAAAGGAGAAUUGGGACGCCCUGGUGCGCCUGGUCCUGUUGGUAUUCCAGGCGAAAAGGGAGAUUUCGGCGAAAGAGGUCCACCAGGUCCUUUAAUUCAAAUUAAGGGAGACAAAGGAGAACCUGGUCCAUUCGGUCUUGAAGGUAGACAAGGAGAAAAAGGUGAUCGAGGUUUUGCUGGGGCUGCAGGCUUACAAGGACUAAAGGGAGAUGUAGGAUUCCCAGGAAUUAAAGGCGAUAGAGGAGUAGAUGGUUCACCUGGUCAUGAAGGCGAAAGAGGCUUCGCUGGUCCUGCAGGUUUACCAGGAUUAACAACAAAAGGUGAAAAAGGUCUACCAGGAAUACCCGGAAAGAAUGGAAGAGAAGGACUUCAGGGACAAUUAGGUGAAAAAGGCGAACGUGGUCUUCAAGGUUUACCAGGAAGAACAGGACCUCCUGGACCUCCUGGACCGCUUGGUUUACAAGGACCAAAAGGAGACAGAGGAUUCGAUGGCAGCCCAGGACCUGUUGGACCAAUAGGGCCACCGGGUCAACCAGGAAUUGAAGGACUUCCAGGUGGUAGAGGAGAAAAGGGAGAUCGAGGAGAACCUGGAUUUGUAGGAGCACCAGGACAAAAAGGAGAUCGGGGUUUGACAGGAUUACAAGGCACACCAGGUUAUCCAGGAGAAAAAGGUGAUAGAGGUUUCGACGGCCGAAAUGGAAUUAGCGGUCCUAUGGGACCCCCUGGUCUCAAAGGAGAUGCUGGAUUAAAUGGGCAACCUGGAAGUCCGGGAGUCUCAGGACCUAAAGGACAAAAGGGUGAACCGGCACCUCAGGGCUUCCCUGGUCUAAAAGGAGAACGAGGACCUCCAGGUAAUCCGGGUAUUCCUGGAGAAAGAGGACCAGCAGGGUUUGAUGGUAUUCCCGGAGCACCAGGGUUAAAGGGAGAUAAAGGUGACAGAGGCUUCCCCGGAAUUGCUGGAACGCCUGGUUUCCCAGGAGAAAAAGGGGAUAUUGGUAUAGAAGGUCAAGCAGGUCUUCAAGGAGAAAUCGGUGAUCUUGGACCUAAAGGAGAACCAGGUGCCGCUUGCGUGGACAUACCAGAUUAUCUCACCGGCUCACUCCUCGUCAGACACAGUCAAAGCAAAGAGAUACCACGAUGUGAAAAUGGCCACAUUAGAUUGUGGGAGGGAUACUCUUUACUUUAUGUAGAAGGAAAUGAAAAAGCACAUACACAAGAUUUGGGUUACGCAGGUUCCUGCAUCAGGAAGUUCUCUACUAUGCCAUUUGUAUUCUGUGAUGUUAACAACGUUUGUAACUACGCUAGCCGUAACGACAAAUCUUAUUGGCUGUCUACAAGCGCAGCUAUCCCAAUGAUGCCCGUAGAAGAAUCUCAGAUAGAAGAAUAUAUCUCGAGAUGUGUGGUAUGCGAAGCACCUGCCAAUGUGAUUGCUGUCCACAGUCAGUCAUUAGCUUUACCAGAUUGUCCAUAUGGUUGGAGCUCUCUAUGGAUAGGUUACAGUUUUGUUAUGCAUACUGCCGCUGGAGCUGAAGGAGGUGGUCAAUCGCUCUCCAGUCCUGGAUCAUGUCUCGAAGACUUCAGAGCAACACCGUUUAUUGAAUGUAAUGGAGCUCAAGGUUCUUGCCACUAUUUCUCCAACACUCUCAGUUUCUGGUUAGCAACCAUCGACACCAACCAACAGUUCCAGAAACCUCAGAAACAAACACUAAAAGCCGGAAAUGUCAGAGACAGAAUUGGUAGAUGCCAAGUCUGUAUAAGGAAUACGUAAUUUUUUUCACAUCCGAUUUAGGAAAUAAAGUUAAAAAAUUUAUUUAGAUGUCUAAUUUACAAGCAAUUUUACUAAUCAAUACUACUUUUUUUUAUAAUUCAUGAGAUAUUAAAGUGAAUGUGUAAUUAUUUAAUGUAAGACAUGUUUGGUUUGUCCAAGGAACACAGACUUAUUUAUAUACUAAUUUCCGUUGUUUGUAAAGUUUUUUUUAUCAAAAUCGACGACAGUAGUGUUGACAUUUAAAAUGCUGUAAAAAAGACAUCGACUAUGUGUUCCUGUCAGAUUCGAUAAUUGAUUAUCUGUCGUGAUACAAAAUUGGAAUUCGAUAAUCAAGUAGGAGUCUGCACAAUUUGUAUAGUAAGCUUUGUAACUUUCCUUAAUACUGCCGUGCCAUGUUUUUGUAUAACAAAAUAGCAUGUAAAGAUUUUUGUAUAGAAUAUAGAUAUAAGUUAUGUAUAUGAAUUUACCGUAAAGCAAUUACUCAAAAAAAUGACCAAACGAAUUAAUUCAUAUCAAGUUAAAAUUAUCUUUAAAAGAUAUGUUAUUAAAAACUAAAAUGGUGCUAGAUUACUUCUAAAAUAAUUUAUAUUGUGCUUUUAAGAACAUUUUUUUUUCUCUGACAUUUAUUAAUAAAAUUUAUUCGGUUACAUAUAAGCUCUAGUCAACUGCGCAGAAAAAAGUAAUUGCAAUGUGCCUUCUUCACUGCCAUUUGUAAAAUAUAUAAUUAUUUUAUCAACAAAGUUUUUCAUUUUCUGCGAUAUGUUUCCCGAGGUAAGUUUUUCAAAUGUUUACACCAAUGUACUUUAC